CCUCUGCGGCUCUUCCUGCCGCCACAGACGGAGACGUUCUGUCAGCCCUAGGAGCUUCCCUCGCUCUUCUUCCGCCUUCCUCGUCGUUCGGCCAGUUUGCCCUCUACCAACUUUAGCCAUCACCAUGGCAGCGGUCAGGACUCUCAGGAAACUGUGCCAGCACUCUCGCCAUCAGCUGUGUCUCCUCCACACGUCCGCCUCGAGGCAGGAGGCGGUUGUCAUCUCAGGAAAGAAGCUGGCACGCCAGAUCCGGGACGAGGCACGGUGCGACGUGGAAAAUUGGAUGUUGGCCGGACACCGGCGGCCUCACCUCAGCGUGAUUUUGGUUGGCGACAACCCGGCCAGCCACUCGUACGUCCUCAACAAGACCCGAUCGGCCGCCGAUGUCGGAAUCUCCAGCGAGACAAUCCUCAAACGUUCCGACAUCAGCGAGGAAGAGCUGUUGGACCUCAUCUUUAAGCUCAACACGGACCACCGCGUGGACGGCCUGCUCGUGCAGCUGCCUCUGCCAGAUCACAUCGACGAACGCACCAUCUGCAACGCCGUCGCUCCCACCAAGGACGUGGACGGCUUCCACGUGGUCAACGUGGGCCGCAUGUGCUUGGAUCAGUCCAGUAUGUUGCCCGCCACGCCCUGGGGGGUCAUGGAGAUCAUCAAACGCACAGGCAUUCCCACCGUGGGCAAGAACGUAGUGGUGGCGGGCCGUUCCAAGAACGUGGGCAUGCCUAUCGCCAUGCUGCUGCACACGGACGGACGGCACGAGAGACCGGGAGGUGACGCCACUGUGACCAUCUCCCACCGUUACACUCCCAAGGAUCAACUCCGACAUCACACUCAAAUCGCGGACAUUGUCAUCGCCGCCGCAGGAAUUCCCAACCUCAUAACCGCUGACAUGAUUAAAGAGGGUGCGGCUGUCAUUGACGUGGGCAUCAACCGGGUGCAGGACCCAGUGACCGGCAAGAGCAGGCUAGUUGGAGAUGUGGACUUUGAAGGUGUAAGACAGAAGGCGGGCUUCAUCACGCCGGUGCCAGGUGGUGUGGGGCCCAUGACGGUGGCCAUGCUCAUGAAGAACACCAUCAAAGCAGCCAAGAAUGUCUUGCUCUAUCCUCCUGAGAGGAUUCGCAUGGCAGCCGCAUCUUAAUUGAGGGGGAAGAGACCCCAAAACAAAAAACAUUCCACAAACCCCUUUCCCUCUCUUUUCUGGGACUGGAGGUAUAGUUUAAGGCUUACCUCUUGUUUUUUUUCCUAAUUUUUUAAUUCUUUCCUCAUGCCCACCCACGCUUGACUGUUACAUUUACACAUGUGACAGAAAUCAGAUUGACUUUGGGAAUAUUUUGUUAAAAGAAUCACAAGAGAUUUUUAUUUAUUGCUUCAACGGCGUUUAAAGUAUUUAAGGGCGCGUGGCGGCGUUCACCUCAAAAGCAAAGUGGUGCAGUGUUGAGCAGAAAAAAGGGCUGACUCCAUCAGGAGCGCAUUCACCAGUAUACAAAAGCUUUAAGAUUCACUAAUGCCUUUGUCAAAACUGAAAUAAAUAUUUGUGACUAUU